AGCUGGAUCCGCGAGCGACUGGAGACGGAGGGAUUGAAGAGUUGGACGCUGUGCAAAAUGAAUGUGGCAAAGGGUGGCUACCGCGUAUUCUCAGCCAAUUCCAAUGCUGCCUGCACCGAGUUAGCCAGACGCAUCACUGAGCGUCUUGGCGUUGAACUUGGUAAAGCUGUGGUUUAUCAGGAACCAAACCGUGAAACAAGAGUGGAAAUAAAAGAAUCCGUUCGUGGCCAGGAUAUUUUUAUCAUUCAAACCAUCUCGCGUGAUGUUAACACAGCCGUGAUGGAGUUACUGAUCAUGGCCUACGCGUGCAAGACGUCGUGUGCCCGGAACAUCAUUGGGGUGAUUCCCUACUUUCCCUACAGCAAGCAAUGUAAAAUGAGGAAGAGGGGCUCCAUCGUUUGCAAAUUACUUGCAUGCAUGUUGGCCAAAGCAGGACUGACCCAUAUUAUCACAAUGGACCUUCAUCAGAAAGAGAUCCAAGGUUUCUUCAACAUUCCUGUCGACAAUCUUCGGGCAUCACCAUUUCUACUGCAAUACAUUCAGGAUGAGAUUCAGGACUACAGGAAUGCAAUCAUUGUUGCAAAGUCACCCGCAGCGGCCAAGAGAGCACAGUCGUACGCAGAGAGACUGCGGCUGGGACUGGCAGUGAUCCACGGAGAGGCUCAGUAUGCAGAGUACGAUAUGGUGGAUGGGCGACACUCUCCUCCGGCUGUCAAGAACACCAUGAUACAUUCUGGUCUGGAGUUGCCAUCUGUACAUAGGCUGCGAAUUCCGUUUCCUGGUAUUGAGCUUCCAAUGAUGAUGCCCAAGGAGAAGCCGCCUAUCACUGUGGUUGGAGAUGUUGGUGGAAGAAUAGCCAUCAUCGUGGACGAUAUUAUUGAUGACGUUGAUGGCUUUGUGGCAGCUGCUGAGAUACUGAAGGAGCGAGGUGCAUACAAGAUCUAUGUCAUGGCCACACAUGGCCUUCUCUCUGCAGAUGCCCCCUGUUUGAUAGAGGAGUCAGCCAUUAAUGAGGUGGUGGUAACAAAUACUAUUCCUCAUGAAGUUCAGAAGCUGCAGUGCCCCAAGAUCAAAACUGUUGAUGUCAGCAUGAUCCUGUCGGAAGCCAUCCGCCGUAUCCACAAUGGAGAGUCCAUGUCCUACCUGUUCCGCAACAUUACAGUCGAUGACUAGCUCCUUCACACUCCUCUCAUGCAGUGGUGCGUCAGCAGAGGAACCCAGGCAGAACUAGACGAGUUGUGUGCAAGGUUGCAAUGGCUGCUUAAUGGUUGCCUUUGUUGCUGGGCAAGACCAAUGCCCUGCUUUCAAAUAGUUGCUGCAAUGGCAUUUAAUUCUGUAAAUAACUGCAGGUUUUUUAAAUUGCUGUUGAAUGACUGUUUGAAAGCUGUAAAUUGUUAAUGGUGCAACUGAGCGGCACGUUCCAGUACAGACUGCUCCCAGCACGUCCACAUACAGUGGCAGAGGGCGACUGCUACACUCAUGGGUCUGGUAUUUUUUUUUUAACUAUUUGACAGCAUUAUCGGUGAUGCCAAGGGCCUGUGAUGGUUUGGUUGUCAUGUAACUAAUUAAACUACUCUGAUUAUCUAAAAAA